UCCAACAUCUGGCGGCGCCUGCGCUCUGCCGCCCAAUAGCGAGCCACGGGGGGAGGGGGGGUGGGCCUGCCCGCGCGCGCGCCGCCGGGCGCCCGGAGCACGGGGAGGAACCGCCCUCGAUCACGUGAGGCGAAGCCCGGCGCGAGAACGCCGGGUCGAGAACGCCGCCGAGCCGUCAUGCUGCCGCGCCGACCAAUCGGCCGGCGGCGUGGGCGGGACGGAGAGAGGCUCCUGCCCAAUGGGAAGGCGUCUGGCGAGGGCGGUGCGGGAACGGGGAAGGUGCCGGCGCGGCGCGGAGCUGUCCCUGCGCGCCGUCAACUCCUCGCGCUCCGCAUUCGCCUCCUUCCUCUUCGCGCCCCUCUUCUUCCAGCUGUACGAGACGGGCGGCGCCCAGCCUGACAGAGAGCUCCUCCGAUGCAAAGUCCUCAUGAAGUCCUUCCUGGGUGUCUUCCGCUCGCUGCCCUCGCUGGAGAAGACGGUGGGGAGAUGCCUCAUCCUGCUCAAACCCCGGGCCAGCCGCCUCGUCGUGCAGCUCCACUGCAAGUACGGCGUCACCAAGACCCACAACCUGACGUUCCAGGAGUGCGAGCGGCUGCAGGCCAUCUUCGACACCCAGUGCUGCGCCAGCAGCCUCUGCGCCCCGGCACGGGUGCUGGCGGAGGCCGUGGUUCACUUCCCCCAGACACUGGCUGAGGUGACGCUGGAAGCCGGUCCCGGGGGCAAGAUCAGCCUCCGAAACUAUGUGGAGGAUGAGGCAGAGCCGAGCAAAACAAUGGUGACAGAGCUGUGGCUGGCCGAGGACGAGUUCCAGGCCGUAGCUGUGGUCCCGGGCUCCCGCAUCACCUUCUGCCUCAAGGAAUUUCGGGGGCUGCUGACCUUCGCUGAGGCCUCCAACCUGCCCCUCACCAUCCACUACGACGCGCCUGGCAGGCCGGUGAUCUUCACCCUGGACGAUGCCGUGCUGGAGGUGCACCUGGUGCUGGCCACCCUCUCAGACCCGGAAAGCGACUUGCAGCCCCCUGCGGCCAACGGUGUCUCCCACCUGCCCGGCCCGUCAGAUGAUUUUGGUGAUGACCUCGAAUCCUACAUGAUUGCCAUGGAAACCAGUGCCUAUGAGGGGGGCUCGGGGGUGCCCCCCAGCCCCACCUUCCCCCUGCGCACCCCAGGUCCAGCCAAAAGCGACCCAGAGGAGGAGGAAGAGGAGGAGGAAGGAGCCGUGCCAGGGACCCCCCCUCACAAAAAGUUUCGCUCGCUGUUUUUUGGCUCGGUGCUGACACCGGGGGGGCCCAGCCUGGCCCCCACCCAGGAGGUGCUGGCAGAGGACAGCGAUGGCGAGUACUGAGACCCCCCCCAAAGGCGCGGAGCUGCCAGCAUCCCACCCCUGCGGACCCCCCAGCCACCAGGACGGGCACCCCCCCAAUCCAGCAUCAGCCCCCAAACACAGGCACCCCCCCACGACCCAUUACAAGUUUAUUCCCAAAAAAUCCUCCUGCCCCCCCCCCCACUCUCCACUGCCAUCCCAGGGCUGGGCUCUGGGCUCCCCCCUCGCCCCGGCGGUCCCUGCCCUGGGGCUGGAUUUGGUUUGGUGGAGCGUGGCGGGGGGAGGGGGCGGCAGGAUCUUACAAAUAAAAAAUGAGUCGAAAGAAAA